AUGACAACACAGAGGAGGCUUAAGUACAGUGUGUCCGACGCUAGUCGCCGUAUGUACAGAGAGGAGACCAAUGGUAUCUACCGAAAACUUGAAAAUCCAUGGCCCACAGAAAAUCAGCUGAGGCAUCAACAAUUUGAGGCGAGACAGCGGCCACUUAGUCACAUUUUAGCCUCUAGUUCUUUCAGAGACACCUUGAACAAGGGACAAGUUAGUGGGGGACAAAGUUUGAGCAAUUUGAAGAAAGCGCGGUUACGAAAUUCAUUGAAUUUACCCAUCAAUUUUUCCUUGGAUUCAGAGUACUUUGUGAAUGCGAACGGUGAUUUGAAUAGUUCUGGGACUCUCGGGAAUAAACCUAAAUUUGAACAAUCUGCAUUCAGUUUUGUUCCAGAAAAAGAUAUAAUUUCCUUAGCAGACCUAGAUUCUUCCUGUACCGAAAUCGGUGGCACUUCCGAUAAGGCUUCUUCUGUUGGAAGCAAGAAAUCUGCCCAGAAAUUCCAAACUUCCCGGAAAUCCUCUACCUCGUCAUCAAGUCACACACCAUCCAAUUCCGAAUCCACUGUGGACCAAGGAUACGAAAUAGAAGACAUUGAGCGAGGACUUGGCAUUGUCAGUAAAUCUGAGAGCGAUUGUAACAAAUCUUUCAAAUCCCGUACGGCUUUACAGAAGAGACUUUCCUUCAAAGAAGUGUUUCCGGAACCUGUUAAUCAAGAAUUUCUGGAAAAAAAUUAUGCAGAAACUGUCGAAAGAAAAUCGUUUUCGCCUUUGCAGCAAGAUGCCAAUCAUAUUUUCGAUUCUGAAAUAAAUAUCCAGGAUAUGUGUACAGCUGAAAGUGUUCCAUUCAGUAGAGCAUCGCUAAAUAGGUCAUUAUCCUCAGAGUCUGGGGGCUCAUGCUCGCCAAAAAACGCGACACAAGUGUUCGACUCAAGUGAUCAUUUUCAGCCGAUGGGUGACUCCAUAUUUACUGGUAACGUUGAAAUACCCGAGUCACUAGAUCUAGAACCUUUAUACAAAGAAGGAAGAUACACAGACAUACUACAUGUAUCACGAACGAGAAGUGGGCCACUUAAAACAAUGAAUUCCCUGCCAGUGCAUUCUUCUUCUCAACACAACAUAGAGAUUGAGACAGACAUCGAUCCUCAGACUUAUAAAGAUAUGGAAAGCCAAAUCAAACUGGACAGGUCAUUUUCCGUGGAAUCCGUACCCCCUCCCCUACCGCUCAGUAAAAUUCCAGAUGUCAUUGAAAACAUCAGUCUAAACAACUAUGUAGGAAACGAAUGUGACAGUUUAACUUCAUUAACAGGGCCAGCGGAUUCACCGAAGUCUGUAAAGUGUGACAUCAAGAUAGAUUCUGGGAGUUUUGUGAGAACUGAUGAAAAUCCUAAUUUUCCAGGAACAGCAAUAACCUAUUAUGGACCUAUCUAUGCUAGCAACAAUACUCUUAUUCUACCUCAACAAUCCAACCAAAGUUCAUGGGAAAACAGUGGGAAGGAAGAAACAGAGUCGGACUCGGAUUCCACCAGUACGUCGAGUAUAUCUGCCAUACCAAAACAUGAACCCUCCACUGGUUUCGAAAACCACCCAAAGCCUAAUUCCAAAUAUUUUGCAGAAAAGCAAAUAGGUAAUUCUAUUGAAGAUGAAAUAUUGGAGAAGAUGGACUUGACUGAUGAGCUGCAGACCCCACAUCGAUUUGUUUCUGAACCAGAGUCUGUAAAUAAAAAUAUCCUAGUAGGAUCAGACCAUAAACAAUGUUUAGCUAUCAAUGAGGAUGUUCAUCAGGCACUUGAAACUUUAGACAACGUCAUAAUGGAGGUGUCCGCUGAUACAACUGAUAUAGAGCCUGAAAUUAAACACAGGGGCCACCUUGUUGUGGUGGCUAUAGAUUUUGGCACCACCUACAGCGGGUAUGCCUUCAGUUUUACAAGAGAUCCGUCGAAUGUGUACAUGAUGAGGAAGUGGGAAGGUGGAGAUCCAGGGGUGAUUAACGAAAAGACCCCCACAAGCAUCCUCCUGACUCCUGACGGCCAGUUCCACUCCUUUGGAUACAGUGCUAGAGAUAAUUAUCAUGACCUUGAUAAGGAGGAAGCGAAGACAUGGAUGUAUUUCGAUAAAUUCAAGAUGAUUCUACACAACACACCGGACUUAAGUAAGGACACGUUACUUGGAUCCAGCAGUGGUAGGCUUUUCCCGGCGUUGACUGUGUUCGCCCUGGCCCUGAAGUACUUCAGAGACCAUGCUUUACAGGAGCUAAGCGACCAGUCAGGGAUGAAAAUUCUGAACGAAGAUAUAAGAUGGGUCAUUAGCGUACCAGCCAUAUGGAGAGCUUCGGCAAAACAGUUUAUACGGCAGGCUGCAUACGAGGGUGGCUUGGUGUCUCCAAAAUACCCGGACCAGCUGGUUAUUGCUUUAGAACCUGAAGCAGCAUCGAUAUACUGUAGAAAACUAAAAAUGUACCAGCUUGUUCCGGAAGUAAUCGUUGAGCGCCCUCUUCAAUUACCCGGGUCUAACCCUGUAAAACCGAUGAAUAUGAACCCCGCCUGUGAAGAUUUGAAGGAAGGCAGCCGUUAUAUGGUGGUGGAUUGUGGUGGCGGGACUGUAGAUAUAACAGUACACCAAGUGGAUAAAGGAGAGAAGCUGAUAGAACUGUACAGGGCGUCGGGUGGGCCGUACGGAUCUGUAGGGAUCGAUUUGGAUUUUGAGCAUGUUCUUGAUGGGAUAUUCGGAAAGGACUUGGUGAAACACUAUCGAGAAAAAUGUCCCAUUGGAUGGGUGGAUUUGAUGAUCGCGUUCGAAUCCAGGAAACGCUCUGCAAAUCCCCACAAGCCAACUCCUCUAAACGUAUCCCUGCCGUUCUCUUUUAUCGAUUACUGCAAGAAACACAAGAGUGGGACCAUAGAACACGCCAUCAAGAAAUAUGGUGAUAAAGACAUACAAUGGUCACGUCUGGGCAUGCUCCGAUUUACACCGGAAGCAAUGAUGCGACUAUUCAUUCCUACAAUGGAUAGAAUCAAACAAGCUAUUGGAGACGUGCUAAACGACAGAGGAACCAGAGAUUUACAGUACAUGUUCUUAGUAGGAGGGUUUGCUGAAUCGGCAAUUUUGCAACAAGAAAUCUUGAAAGAAUUUGGCUCAUUUUUUAAAGUGAUUAUUCCACAAGGAGUGGGUCUUGCAAUACUGAAAGGUUCUGUACUAUUUGGAUUAGAUCCUACAAUUGUUCAUGUGCGAAAAUCUAGACUGACGUAUGGGGUUGGUGUUCUGAACAAAUUCCGACCAGAAAUGCAUCCAGUAGAAAAGAAAAUCGUCAGAGGAGACACCACGUGGUGCACUGAUGUCUUAGAUAAGUAUGUCGUCAAAAAUCAGCCGGUGGCUUUGGGUGACGUGAUCUUCCGAAGUUAUAAACCAGCCAAUGAAAAUCAGAAGGAAAUACGAAUUAACAUAUACUUCACGGACAAUCCAGACUCUAAAUUCAUCACAGAUAAUGGCGUUCAGAAAUGCGGUGCUCUAUCCCUGGAUUUGGAGGGAACUUCUUCAAAGAUAUCAAGGCGGGAAAUUCAAACUAGAAUGGUUUUUGGAGAGACUGAGAUUCGAGUUAGCGCCCUUGAUGUGAGCACCGGUCGACGUGUUCAAGCUUUUAUCGACUUCCUGAGUAACUGAGUUCUGAUGUCUGACGUAGAGGAAACUAACCAACAAACUGGAUAGAGCGUAGACUGGUUAUAAUGUACAGUAUCUCCACAGUACUACUGUAUAACGAUACUACCGGUAAUACGAUAGCGUGUUGACUGGUUAUAAUGUACAGUAUCUCCACAGUACUACUGUAUAACGAUACUACCGGUAAUACGAUAGCGUGUUGACUGGUUAUAAUGUACAGUA